AUGAAUCGAAAAAGAAUAUCGAUGAGCGUAAUCACAAAUCCAUGUGAUCAUAUUAUUGACGACGAUGACGACUACAUUGUUCCUGUAAAGCGCAAAAGACAACGCAUUUUGAGUACUUCAGAGGAUAGUGAUAGUGAUUUAUCGCAUCAAUGUCCACUGAACAGUCUACGAGUUGCUGAAGACGUUUCUAAUCAACGUGAUUUUCUCGACCAAAAUUCACGUAACAUACCGUGGUUUCGAAGAAUGUUCUCUCGAAAUAGAUUUCAACAAAUUUUGAAAUAUUUUCACUUAAUUGAUAACCCUUUAUGUUUUCCACCUGGUCACGAAAAAUACGAUCCCUGUGCAAAAUUUAAGCCACUUCUUGAACACGCUAAUAAAGUAUCCAAAUUGCACUAUAAACCACACAAAGAAUUAUCAAUUGAUGAGUCGUUAGUUGGGACGCUGUGUCAUUCUAGCAUAACACAAUACUUGCCAAAUAAAAAGCAUCAUCGUUGGGGAAUAAAAUUCUGGAUGCUGUGUGAUUCCGUUUCAAAAUAUUGUUUGGCGUUCUCCUGCUAUAAAGGUGCAAAGGAAACAACUACUAGUGAUAGAAAAAAGUUUGGACUUGGAUAUGAUGUAGUGGUGAAUUUAUUAAAAGAUAGUUAUUGUUUGAAUAAGGGGCAUCACAUUUUCGUCGACAACUUUUUUACUAGCGUAGAAUUAGCUAGAUAUUUAUAUUCUAUGGAUACUUAUUUAACUGGAACUAUUAGAAGGAAUAAGAAAUGUAUUCCCGAUAAUUUGAAACAGACUAAUGUAAACGAGGUAAAAUAUUUUCGAGACAAUGAAGUAUUGUUUUGUGCAUAUCGCGAAAAAAAAAGUGUAAAAAAUCCUGUAUUAUUAAUUUCAACGAAAGCAGAUGAGCAAAAUGUGACUAUAACAAAAAAUCGACAUGGCAGAGAAAUACGUUCGACAAAACCCGCUAUUAUUCAAUCUUAUAAUGCCUUCAUGGGUGGUGUCGAUGAAUCGGAUAAAAUGCUGUAUACCUAUCUCGAUGAACGAAGAUCAGUUAAAUAUUGGAAAAAGGUAGCCUUUAACAUAAUCAACCGCAUGGUUUUAAAUGCAUAUAUAAUCUACAAGGAAACAGUUAAGAGUAAAGCAAUAUCUCGGCGUCGUUUGAAGAAGGCAGCGUACCUCGCGGUAGGUCAGAGCACCUGUACCGUAGACGAUGCAGGUACCAGCUCUUCCGAAAUGCUCCGACACUCGCCUGUUGCGACUGAUUAUUCUGCGAUUGAAGAACCUUCCACUUCUUAUGAGCUGCUGCCACACUCGCCUCUUGCUGACGAUUUUUCUGUGAUUGAAGAACCUUCCACCAGUUAUGAGAUGCUUCCAUAUUCGCCUGCUGCGAAUGAAUUUUCGACCGUGGAAGCGUAUGAAGAAAACGUGGAAGAUAUUGAAGCGUACGAAGAAAACGUGGAAGAUAUUGAAGCGUACGAAGAAAACGUGAAGAUAUUGAAUCAGAUUUAG